AUGCUAUGGCAGUCUAGUUCAUGUCAGAGAGUACUACAGCAUCCAAGCAUCAUCCGUAAAUUUGCGGCUGCAAAUGUAAUCCAACGAUGUUGGACACCUCAACACGUUAGACCUGCAUCUACAAGGGCAAAAACUCAGACAAAACCAGAUGGUCCUGAAAAGAUACGCAAUCUUGCUGUCGUAGCACACAUUGACUCGGGUAAGACAACCUUGACCGAAUCAAUCCUUGCGCGAUCGGGCUUCCUAUCUGCACCAGGCACAGUCGACACCGCGUCUACAACUACGGACUUUCUUCCAGCGGAGAGAGAGCGCGGAAUAACGAUUCAAUCUGCAAGCAUCCCUGUCGCUUGGAAAGGAUGGACGUAUAACCUCAUCGACACGCCAGGACAUCCCGAUUUUGGGAUGGAAGUUGAGAGCGCUAGUCGCGUUGUCGACGGUGCAGUUGUGCUUAUAGACGCAGUUGAGGGUGUGGAAGCCCAGACUCAAGGAGUUUGGAGACAGCUUGAUAGAUAUAGUGUUCCGUCCCGUAUAGUCUUUCUUAACAAGAUGGAUCGUACUGGAGCAUCCUUCCGCGCAUCCAUGCGCUCUCUGCUCAACUAUCGAUUACAUCCAACACCUAUGGCAAUCACGCUGCCUGUCGCGUCCUUCAAUCCACACACUUACGCAACUGCAGAGCCAGGUAUUCAAGGCAUUAUUGAUCUCGUCCGCUGGGAACUCUGGAAGUGGGAUGAAUGCGACCCAACGAAUUUCGAGACUCCAUCAUUCAAAGUAAUUCCACUCCCCACAAAAGCUGAACAACUUAAGGACGGCAUACUCUUCCCCAAAGACCAUCCCCUGACCAAAGAACUAAUCCCCGCACGAACGGCACUCUUGGAAAAUCUUUCAAUGUUCUCCGAGGAGCUCAUGAACAAACUACUCGAGCUCCCCGCAGAUCCGUCAGCGUACCUUUCAAUCGAAGCGAAGAGCAUCGUCUCGGCGCUACGUUCUGCAACGUUGCGUAAUGAAGUUCUUCCCGUUUUGUGUGGCUCAGCUAUGAAGCAUAUUGGGACGGACUUAGUAUUGGACUAUGCUGGUCUUCUUUUAGCCAGUCCCUUGGAUAUUCCUGGAUCUGUGUCGUUGCAGAAGUCCGCGGAUGUCCAAAUGCUGGCGUGGAAAGUCUCCUGGGACAGAAGAAAAGGGUGGAUGACUUUCGUAAGGGUCUAUUCUGGUGCCCUUACAAGACAGACCGUUCUGUUCAAUGUGAAUCGCAGCCAAAAGGAGCGGAUCUCCAAGCUUCUUCUCUUGUACGCAUCUCAACCUGAAGAAGUAGAGACUCUCACUUUUGGUUCCGUCGGAGUCAUUCUUGGACUCAAGCAUACCCGCACAGGGGAUAUGUUGGUAUCCGCCAGUUCUCAUGCCUCUUCGCGCGUGAAGAAAAAGGAGGAGGAAGAGACGAACUUCGAUGUAUUACGUGACAUUACGCCACCACCAGCCGUGAUGUCCGCAAGCAUCAUUCCUGAGACGAAUUCCGACUUACAACCUGUACAAGAUGCACUUAUGGCUCUCUCACGCACAGAUCCAUCCGCGCGAGUCGAGACCCUUGAUGGACAGUUGCUCGUUCACGGAUUAGGAGCUUUACAUCUCGAGAUCAUCGAAGGCCGGUUGAGAGACGAGUGGGGUGUCGCUUUUGAAUCUGGUCAACGGCGCGUCACGUACCGCGAAACAUUCCGCGACAGAGAGGAGCAACAUGUCAACGAAGACUGGAGUACAGAACUGCAUGGCCGAUCCGUUUCCGUACACAUGGAGCUUGAUAUUCGUGCGCUCGCCCCUGAUGAGGAAGGUGACCCGCACUGGGAUGGGAACGUCGUGCUCACGAAGAAUGGUCGUCCUCUUCGCGCACCGCCAACAGAAGGAAGUCUCAGUUCGAUAGACGCACAUAACCCUUUAACGCACGUUGCACAGGGUCUUGCAAGUGCCUUACUGACUUCUCCAUUUUGUGCCUUCCCAGUUUCACGUACGCGCAUCCUAGUACGACAAUUCGGUUUGACACCACCCGAUGUAUCUGUGAACCUACUCGCCGGCGGAGCUAGCAUGGCUUUGCGUCGUGGUCUGCGGCGUGCGGGACCAGGUCGUAUCAUGGAACCAUAUACACGAGUCACAAUUACAGUCGGCGAAGAUCACCUCGGUCGAGUCGUGAAAGAACUAACUGAGCGAGGUGGUGAGAUUGUAGAUCUCGGGGAGCAGAUGUCAACAUCUAGCGAUGGAGAAGAAAGUAUCCCUUAUCCAGAAGACGGCGUAUAUUUACCUCCGGAGUGGAUGUCACCCUCGGCUUUCUCAGCAUCAAAAGCUGGUCGUUCGGGUUUUAACAUGAAGAGAACUAUUCACGCAAUCACUCCCCUCAGUCAAAUGCUUGACUUUAAUAACCGGCUACGCUCCCUUACAGGUGGACAUGGAACGUUCGAAAUGACUAAUGCUGGAUUCCGAGUGGUUAGCGAAGCCAGGGCAUCAGAAAUCCUCACAGAGAUCGGACGGAUGAGCCCAGAGUCGGCCCCACAGGGAUUACAUAGAAACUAAGAGUAUAGUACGCGUGUUUAAUUUCC